UUUGCAGAUAAUGCAGAUGAAAUAGUGGAUCUAUUGGUGGAGAACCAGCAGUCUGUGGAGGUGACAAAGGAGGUCUUCAUGUUUAUGAAUAGGACUGAUCUGGUACAGAGGUUGUCAGAGACCAGCUCAGGACACAAAGAGAAACAUCGGUCUGAACGGCUUCAGAAAGAAGCGACCAUGACAUCACUUCAGGAAAAGCUUUUGGAAACACUAGAAGAUUUAAGUUACGGGGAGCUCGAGCAAUUCAACUGGCUCCUUCAGCACAAGCAGAUGAAGGAAGGCCUCCCAAGAAUCCCAAGACACCAGCUAGAGAUGGCAGACAAAGGUGAAACAGUUGAGCUGAUGGUGGAGAUCUACGGCCAACAGUCUGUGGAGGUGACCAGGGAGGUUUUAAAGAAGAUGAACAGGACUGAUCUGGUGCAGAAGUUGUCAGACAUCAGCUCAGGAUCUAAAGGAAAGCUUAGAUAUGAAAGCAGAGGUGCAAAUUUCUUCGAAGUGUUUAUUGAAAAGCCAGAAAGAAACUUCACACUCAAGCUCACACAAGAAAAUGAGGAACAAUCAGUAUGGACCUGUGUGAUUCGAGAAGAUGAAUACCAAAGCACUGGUCCUAUACAAAGGGAGCACUUUGUGGAUAAACACCAGUGUGAACUCAUCGCGAGAGUGAGUAAUAUAGGACCAAUCUUGGAUAAUCUCCUGGCAAAAGGUGUGAUCCAACACGAAGGUUAUGACAUAAUCUCUGCUAUCCAGACCACUCAGGAGCAGAUGAGGAAGCUCUAUAGAGGUCCUCUGCUAGCUGAUGGGCAUGCCGCCAAAGACAUCUUCUACAAGAUCCUUGAGGAGGAAAAAAAAAUAAAUUGAUUCAGACUUUGGAAAAAUGUAUUGUUCUUAGA